UUUAGCUGGACUUGGACAUUUUUUUUAAUUGUCCAGGUCAAAGUCCAGUACCAGAAUUGGGCAGCACAUCUCAUGGAUGGCACAUGUGUAAGUGGGAUUAACAACCUUACCUUAGUAAUACAGUUGCUAAGAGGAGAACAGUGCAAUAAGGUCCCAUAGUAUUGAAGUACAAAGUAGUAAUACAUUCAACUACAUCAUCAAUGGUGAUGAGUUUAAAUAAAAUUGUUAUUUAUUAUUUAUAGGUGCAGAUUCCGAGACAGGGCUUAAGCCCAGUCUUACACUACACAGCAUUUUGAAUGGAGAUAUCCUGUUGAACCUAGUCCAGAAAACUGACACACAAUGGCCUAUUUAAAUGUGUAUUGUGGAUUACUAAGGAACUAGCAAACAUAAAUUAAAUCUUCAGGAUAAGUAAGUACACUGUUAGACCAUUAGUAUCACAAUAGGUUAACAUUUAGAGACACAAAAAUGUCCCUUUGAUCUAUUAAUAGAUUAUCUCGAUUUAACAGACCGUUCUCUAAAUUAGGUUAGAUUGUAAACUAAAGGGAUUGUUAAAUCUGUGGCCAUGAUUUAUUAUAGUGUGAGAACAAGAUUUUAAUGCAUGGCCAUGAUUUAUUAAAGUGUGGGAACAAGAUGCUGAUGCAUGGCCGUGAUUUAUUAAAUAAAGUGUGGGAAUAAAAUCAUAAUAUGUGGCCACAAUUUAUUAAAGCUUGUGAAGAGAACAAUUAUGUCAUGGAAACAACUUAUAUGCCCAGGAUCAAAUAUCUCGUUUCCACGCCAUAAAAAGUUGUGGCCAUGCGUUAUUAUUAUUUUUUAAUGUCAUUUAAUUUCAUUAUAUUCACAUUCUUACUUCAUAAAUCAGUGAUUAUUUUAAUAUUACAAAAUCAAAUAUUACAUACUGAAACGAAUAUACAAAAACAUACAUACAUAUUAGUUGGGACUUUACCCAGAAUAGUGAUAUUAAUGUAAUAAAUAUUUAAUUACUUCUCCAAACAACGAUACAACACUGAAGCGGCUCCUUUAAGAAGUCUUAACUCCGCCCCUCUUCCCCCUAAAUGUGAUUAGUGUCGCUAGGCAACGGCGCCUUUUUCACCUUUUGCAGCCAAUGAAAUUGUCUCUAGGGUAGCGCGCUUAGCCAAUUAGAUGUCAGAGACGGUGUGGCAGUUUUAAACGGUUGUUGUAGCACGCUGAUAUAAACAGACUGAAGCAGCGGCGGUGUGUUAUCCGCCAUUACUGUGUUCGGAGCUGUGAGUUUCUAUGAAAGAGAAGGGUUUAUUACAGGUAUAAUGCCCUCUCACACAGACCAGUAUGAGGUGCUCAGCACUAUCGGCUCCGGCUCUUAUGGAAAGUGCCAGAAGAUCAGGAGAAAAUCAGACGGAAAGAUUCUGUUGUGGAAGGAGUUGGAUUACGGCACCAUGGCAGAAGCGGAGAAGCAGAUGCUUGUGUCUGAGGUGAAUCUGCUGCGGGAGCUAAAACAUCCCAACAUAGUCAGAUACUAUGAUCGCAUUAUAGACCGCACAAACACCACACUCUACAUAGUGAUGGAGUACUGCGAGGGGGGAGACCUGGCCAGUCUCAUCUCCAAGUGCAUUAAAGACCGGAGAUACCUCGAGGAGGAGUUUAUCUUGCGUAUGAUGGCUCAGCUGGCUCUAGCGCUGAAGGAAUGUCACAGCAGGAGUAACGGAGGCAGCACAGUUCUGCACCGUGACCUCAAACCUGCAAACAUCUUCCUUGAUGCAAAGCAGAACAUAAAACUUGGUGAUUUUGGCUUGGCAAGAAUUCUUAAACAUGAAACAAGCUUUGCUAAAACCUUUGUGGGAACUCCAUAUUACAUGUCUCCUGAACAAAUGAAUCGCAUGUCCUACAAUGAGAAGUCUGACAUCUGGUCUUUAGGUUGUUUGCUGUAUGAGCUUUGUGCUUUGUCUCCCCCAUUCACAGCACAUAAUCAAAGGGAUCUGGCAGAAAAAAUUAAAGAGGGAAAGUUUAGAAGGAUCCCGUAUCGAUUCUCAGAGGAGCUCAACACCCUUCUGUCCAGAAUGCUUCAUUUAAAGGACUAUCUGCGUCCCUCCGUCGAGUCCAUUCUGCAGAGCAGUUUAAUCUCCUCCUUUGUGGCAGCAGAGCAGCGGAAGGCAGAAGUGAGGCAGCGGCGGAAGUCGGGUGACUCAGGGCAGAAUAAACCACUGGAGUCUCCUGUUUCUGCUGAGCAGCGGCUGAAGGAGCAGGCGCUACGGGAGAGAGAGCAGGCUCUAAAAGAGCGGGAGGCGAGAUUAGAGCAAAAGGAGCAGGAACUGUGCAUCAGAGAGAGACUGGCAAAUGAGAAGCUUGCCAGAGCGGAGAGUUUGUUGAAAUCCAUUAAUCAAACGAAGCAGCAGAGGGCGCCACAUCCACUCUGUUCUGAUGCUAUAGAUGAACGUGAGAACACGUCUCCAGGGAAGAAGAAGGUCCACUUUGCAGGCGACCACGAGGAGAAUCUGAGGCCUGAGCAGAAAAUUGUUAAAAGACUGCAGACAGCUAAUAUCUGCUUGGCGCACUACCAACUGAAAAGCAGGCCAAUGCAGGGCCUUCGCUAGCCAGUAUACCAUCCAUUGGAUCAUAUGAUCGACUUCAACACACAACUGCACAAACAUUGUAGAGAUUCUUUAAAGCAGCUGCUGUAGGAGAAACAUUUUGCUGGUUUCUUGGUGUUACUCAAUGGUAUUUAUAUUUUAGAAAACAGCCCACAACCAUGCUCAUAUUUCUAAAGUCUUGUAUAAUUUAGUGUUUUAAAAUGUAAACAGUUAUUCAGAGAGGGGGAUUUUUUUUUAAUGUUUCAUCAUAGUGAAAUGGGUUUGUCUUUACAGAGAGGGUGAUUUGAAACCCACGACUACCACUUACACACAAAUGUAGCCAUUCUUUAAAAUCUCAAACCACUAGUUAAUAUACACACUUCUUGGGUUUAAGAAAAGUAACAAUUGUGAAAAAGUGGCAGUUCUGGAUACCUCCUAUCCUCAUCUGUCAUGAAGGGAUUUUUGGUUUUUAUUCACUACCACUGUGCAUGUUCCUGAAUCUAAGUUUCUCUAUGGACUGGAUCUGUAUCUGAAUGGAGCAUUUGUCACCAUCCCCACUUUGAAUGACUCUGUUCAUAUCUCCAAAGAAUUAUUAUGCAGAGUUUGCCAUUUUGACACUUUUUCUUUUUUUUAAUCAAAUGGAAAAAUACAACUGAGCCAAAUGAAUAUAAAUUACAUUCUUUGGUUGGUUGUGUGUGUGAGCGUGUGUAGAGGGGUAUUUCACAAAGCAGUUUUUCAGUUUUCAUGUAGUUACCCUACUGUUCAUGGCUGUCCUGGAUGAAUAUUUCUUAACUUUUCUCUUACCAGACAGUUUUAAACUGAUUUAUCCUAUCUAGCUAAACAGAGUUACCCUUGUUUUGUGAAUUAUCCCCUCUUGAUUAUUCAAUUUAGCGAAAUUACUUAAACCUGAAGUCAGACCUGUUAUGAAUCAUUCAUUUUGGACGGUCCUUGGUGGUUCUGAACUGAGAAAUACGCACCAACGAACCAAACAUAAAGAGGUGGUUUCCCAGAGAGGGAUUAGGCUAAAUCUUUGACUUUAUCUUUGAUUUUAUUUUAAAUAGAAAAUCCUUUUUCAAAAUGCUUUGUAGUCCAGGACUAGGCUUAAUCUUUUUUGUGAAAACUGCAUCUAUGGGUUGUUUAAUCAGACAGGGGUUAAACCUAAUCUAGGACUACACAUCUUAAUGAAGAUUUUUCAUUCAUGAAAUGGGUGUAGUGAAAAUGGAUAAUGAGUACAAAUUUUUGUCUAAUAGCCCGCCUCAGUUCACCCCCAGCAUUCUAAAAUACAGUGCUUUUAGCUGAUGCUCUAAACAGGCUUACAGUAAUUAAAAAUAAUUUCAAGGUGGUAGCAACUCAAGAUACUGUGUGUUGUGUAAACAGUAUUUUUAAUAAUCAAUCUGUGCACUUCCACAGUUCUUAGUGUCUUAGUGUUGUUUUAAAUAUCACGGCCCUCAAAAUUCUACCAAUGUAGUGUGGAGCUACUUUGAGCUUGUUAAUAGUGUACAAAUAGUGAUUUCUUUGAAUGGGCAAUGCUAUGCCCCUAUCACUAGCAUUGUAAGUAUGUUUGGAGUAUCGGUUAUAAGAACAGCAUUUUAGAAUGCGGGGGGAGAAUGGAGGUGGGCUAUUCAAUAAAAUUUGUAUUUAUCAUGUUUCACUACAACCCAAUGUAAUUUUACACUUGAUUUCUCCUUUAAUUCUUGUAUGUGAAAACUGCCCAAAAUGUUCCUGUUCUGUUCACUCACAUUUAUUUGUCUCACGGUCAGCAGUGUCCAGUAGAAAUAGGAUGAAGGAGCAUUCCUAUUACACAGUCCCAACAAUAGGCUUAAGAUAUCCAGCUUUUCAACUUUUAAAUCUUCCUGUUUUUUUAACACCCCACUCUAAAAUAUACAAGUCAGUAUGAGCUGAACAUGUGGGCUAAAGCAACCGAAGCUUUCAGCAAAACAAACUGGAAAACAGUUGUAUAUGUAGCUUUAACUUAUGAUCAUAUUUUGUACAGUGCUUCCAAUCAAAUAUUUAAAGAAAUGUCAUUAGAAGGUGCAAUCUGGCUCUCUAGGCCUCACACUGGAUUACUUUCUUAUACAUGUUACAUGUUUUUACAUGUUGUGUCUGUCUGUUUGUUAGUUUUACGUGUUUGCAGUGGUGUUCUGAGUGUGUUUUAGUGUAUAUUAAAUAGAGAAAGUUCUGAACUUCUUUAAUGA